UGGGCAAGUAUACCUUUUGAUUACCCAAUACCUACUAGUUUCCAUUACUACAAGGUCGCAUGGAAAGUUACCCACCGAUUGAGAACUGCCGAAAAUGGAUUCGUCGUCUAACCUCACCUCGCUUCCCGAAGAGAGUUUCGGAGAAGAAGAUCAACUCCAGCACCAAUCCAAGGAGACCAGUAGUGCCGCUUCUUCUGCAUUUUCUUCUAUUCCUAAUCGUCCUCCUAUCCAGGCUUCUUCGCAGAAAUACUCACCUAUUGGUUGGUUGGGCUAUUUUGACCAAGAGGAUGAUAUUCACAUUCCAGAUUCUAAUGAUGUCUUUCACUUAUAUAAGGCAGGAUCGGGUGGACCGGUUGUUUUUUGUCUGCAUGGAGGCGGCUAUUGUGGGCUUUCAUUUGCUUUGGCUGCAAGUAAAAUUAAGGAGAAAGCAAGGGUAGUAGCCAUGGACCUAAGAGGACAUGGAAAAUCAUCCACAGAAAAUGAACUAGACCUAUCGAUAGAGACUCUAUGCGAUGACGUGGUUGCUGUUUUGAAUACAAUGUAUGGAGAUACUCCUCCUGCAAUUGUUCUUGUUGGCCACAGCAUGGGAGGCUCAGUUGCGAUUCAGGUUGCUGCGAAGAAAGCAUUAUCUAGCUUGAGUGGUCUGGUUGUUGUCGAUGUUGUGGAGGGAACAGCCAUGGCAUCAUUGAUUCACAUGCAGAAAAUUCUAUCAAGCAGAAUGCAGUACUUUUCAACCAUUGAGAAAGCAAUCGAGUGGAGUGUCAGAGGAGGUUCUUUAAGAAACAUCGAGUCUGCUCGUGUAUCCAUCCCCGGCACAUUGAAAUAUGAUGAUUCCAAAAAAUGUUAUAUUUAUCGUACACAGCUGGAAGAAACGGAGCAGCAUUGGAGAGGCUGGUAUGAAGGCCUUUCAGAAAAGUUUCUGUCGUGUCCUGCCCCAAAGCUCUUGCUGUUAGCUGGAACAGACAGACUGGACAGACCUCUCACCAUUGGUCAAAUGCAAGGCAAGUUUCAAAUGGUAGUUGUCCGGCACACUGGGCAUGCUAUACAGGAAGAUGUACCUGAUGAAUUUGCAAGCCUUAUACUCAACUUUAUUUCUCGCAAUCGGAUAGGGCCACAUGGCAUCGAGAUACCAGGGAUUUGCCGGCCAUCACAGUUUCAACCCUGAUUGAUUUUCUGUCACAACUAAAGAUGACAAGCCUGGAUAUGGUGACUCAUAAUAGUCGAUAGGAUUUCCAUACAAGAUGUUUUCAACUGUAGUGUUUGGGAGGUUUUCCUUUUCUUUUGGUUCGUUGAUUGGAAUGCUGCAAUUAGUGAUUCAUUUACCCUUUUUUGACAAAGUAAGGAAUUUUAUGAAAUGCAGCUGCAAUUUGUGAUUCUUGAUCA